AUGGCUCUGCGAGUUUUUCGAGAGAUCUCUUCCGCUCAUCUUCAACCGAAUUUGCUGAGCUUCAGUUCAGCAAUCAGUGCAUGCGAAAAAGCUGGCGAAUGGCAAAAGGCACUAUACCUGCUUGAAGCAACUUCUCGUGCUCGAAUCAGCCCAGAUGUCAUCAUCCACAGUGCAGCCAUUAGUUCCUGUGAAAAGAGUGGUGAGUGGAAAAGAGCUCUACAGCUGCUGUCCACGAUGCCUGAUGUGCAGAUUCAUCCUAACAAGGUGAGCUAUAGCGCAUCGAUCAGCGUUUGCCAAAAGGCUUGGCAAUGGCAGUGGGCUUUACAUCUUUUGCAGCUGAUGCCUGCAGCAAAAGUCCUUCCCAAUGAGGUGAGUUUUACUGCGGCCAUCAGUGCAUGUGAGAAAGCUGAGCAAUGGCAUUGGGCUCUGGAGCUUCUUUCCAGCAUGUCUCGCCACAAGCUGUGCCUGGACGUUUUCUCCUGUAGCGCUGCCAUGAGCUGCUGCGAGAAGGGAUCCCAGUGGUCCAAGGCGUUGUACCUCCUGCGUUCGAUGCCACAUAGGAAGGUAGCACCAAACUUGUUCAGCUACACUGCAGCAAUCAGCGCAUGUGCGCAAGUCCAACAUUGGAAGUUUGCCGUGCAGUUCUUUGAAGAAAUGGUCAGUAGGGGGAUAUGUCCGGACAAUGUUUGUCGCAAUCUCUUGCUUGACAGCAUUUCCAAUCAAAAGGAAGCUUAUGCGCUUUUCAAGUCCUUGAACGUGGAUGGCUAGUGCGAUUGAUCGCCACAUUCACCGGACCAUGCCACUUGCGGUAGAAGGACCAGUGAAGUUUCCGCCCAGGCUUCCAUCAAUUUAACUGUUUGACCAGAAGCAAGCUGUACCUGCCACAAAGUUGGUGCAGAUUGUGAGGAAAGUAGUAGAUGCAGAUCGAUGAUAUGCUAUGGAAAUAUAUGUUCGGAUCCAUCAAAAGCUAUGAAAUACCAUAUUUGGCGGGAUUGAACUGAUUGAACAUCCAUAAAUCCCAGCAGUGGCAUGGUGUGAAGGGAGCC